AUGGCUGGCCGGAACAACACCCCGCUCGGCAGCGGGCCCGCCGGCCGGGACGAAUAUGGCGAGGAAUGGGCUCACGACCUGCGCGUGCGCUUCGAGGGCCUCCUCAGGGAUAAGCGCCUCCACGAACUGCGAUCGUCAUCACGACACGCCUCCCCCCAAUCUGGCCUCGCUGAGCGUGCGUCGAGCGCCAACUUGCGCGUGUCCUCGGCCGACGAUCUCGCCCGCCCCGCCAGCGCCCACGGUCAGCCCUCGGUGCCUCCCUCGUACUCCCCAUCUUCCAUGCGCCAUCUCCCCAUCAUCCCCACCCCGCCCACAGCCACCGACCGCGAGUCGCAAAAGUUCCGCAACCUCCUCAUCAGCCUAUCCCUCACCCCGACCAAGUACGAGAACCCGGGGCUGCUCGACGAGGCCCUCCAGGCCAUUCCGCUCGACCGUAUAUACGGCGAGGCCGAGGAGGAGAGCCAGGUCAUGCGCGCCGAGGCCGAGAGUAUGGGCGAUGGCCGGAGACCCGAGUGGGGGUACCAGGACUGCGUCAUCCGUGCGCUGCUAAGGUGGUUCAAACGAUCCUUCUUCAGCUGGGUCAACAACCCUCCCUGCCAGGCCUGCUCGUCACCCACCUUCGCCGUGGGCAGGACGGCACCGACGCCCGAGGAGAACGCCUGCGGUGCCCUGAGCGUGGAGCUGUACCAGUGCUCGGCGUGCCGCUCGCACGAGCGUUUCCCCCGCUUCGGCGACGUGUGGCGUCUGCUGCAGACGAAGCGCGGCCGCGUGGGUGAGUGGGCCAACUGCUUCACCAUGCUGUGCCGGGCCGUGGGCGGCCGGGUGCGGUGGGUGUGGAACGCCGAGGACCACGUGUGGACGGAGGUGUACUCGGAUCACCAGCGCCGCUGGGUGCACGUCGACGCCUGCGAGGAGGCCUGGGACAACCCGAGGCUGUACACGGAUGGCUGGGGCAAGAAGAUGUCGUACUGCAUCGCCUUCUCCAUCGACGGCGCCACCGACGUCACGCGCCGCUAUGUGCGCAAGUCGGAGCACGCUCUCGAGCGCAGACGCUGCCCUGAAGAGGUGCUCCUCUACGUCACCCAGGAGAUCAAGGCCCUCCGCCGCGCCAACCUGGGCAAGGACGAGCGUUUCCGCCUGGAGAAGGAGGAUCAGUGCGAGGACGGCGAGCUGCGCGGAUACGUCGUCGCCUCGAUCGCCCAGGCCGUCACCGACCUCGUCCCCGGAGCGGCUCCGUCGGCACGCGCCGCCACGGGUGCCACCGCCGGAUCCUCUGCAGGCCAGGACACCAAGAGGCCCGCCGAGCAGCCCGGGCGCAGCAACGCCGCCAGCGACAGGACGGCGCGGUGGAUGGCCCAGCACCGCAACCAGCAGUUUGGCCCUCGACGUGAUGGAAGGCCGUGA